AAUCGAAUAAUUCUUAGUUUUCGAGUAUAUUAAAAUAAAUGGAAGAUCAUUCUUUUACUUAUCUUAUCGAUAGAAGACUUUUGACCUCGUAUAAACACGAAAAGCACGAAGACCUUUGGCACCGAUCUUCUCCCCCUAAACAUAUAUGUUAUGGGAGGACGACGACGUCUAUUCGAACUGCGGACACGGUCGUGACAGGAAGUACUUAUUUAACCGAUACUACCGUGUGUACUCGUGUAUACGUUUAAUCAAGUAAGCUCUGUACUAGAACUUAGCUUUGCACCCCACGAUCGGUCCUCACUUUGACUUAUUCGUUGUUCGAACUCUCUGGUAUCUUCCUGGCUAACGUAUACGAGCGUGCUUUGAUCCAAUCAUCCAUCGUCUACACACAAAAUACAAAAUUAUUCAUUACCAACAAAUUGUUCCUCGUACCGGAUAGUAUUAUCCGAGAGAAAAACGAUGUUGCGUUUUAAACUGAUAGAUCUUUUAUCUAUGUGUUAUCUAAAGGAGAAUUGAUCUUGAAGAAUCAAUCUUAUAUACUAAAUUUUUGUUGGAUAUAUAACUCGGGUUUGUUACGAUUUUGUUGGCAAAAAAGGAAAGAUAUAACAAACAGGUUCGAUAAAAUCAUUGCAAUUUUAUUAUUAAGAGUGCAACUUAGUGUCAAUUACGAUAAAGGGAUAAGUAUGCAUAUGGGGGAAUGUAGAGGACGGUUAUAAUACAAAGACAGUGACCUUGGUAAUCGACGAUAGUAAAAAAGAGAGAAAGAAAAAGUGGAAAAAAAAAGAUAAGAUGAUUUACAAUCGGCAAAUUUUCUUUUGGAGGAUGAUACUUCUUUGUUUGUUUGUUCUCGUUGAAAUUGUCCAAGGAGAAAUUAUUAAAGAUCCAACAUUAUGUAGUCGCACGAGAUGCAAGGUACCAUUCGAGCGGAAAUUCAAGUAUGAAGAAGGUGUCUCGUAUCAGUAUCAAUAUUCAGUUGAUGUAAGCACGAAUCUCGGUAAAGUCGGAACAUUAGCAUCGAAUGGAAGAGAAUCGAAAAAUGAAACAAAGUUGAACAUAGAUGCUUCGUUGAUCGUUCAUUUCACAUCGCCAUGCGAGGGUGCAUUGAAAUUUCAAAAUGUUAGCCUAAGCCACAAUCGGGAUCGUUACAAUGCCGAAUUUCCUGAUCGUGCUGGAGCUGAAUUCAAGGCCAGCUUGGAACGUUUUACUUUGAGAUUUGCUUUUGAUGAUGGUAGAAUAAACGAGGUCUGCCCGGACCGUCGUGAAACGGUUUGGGCAUUGAACUUGAAACGGGGUGUCCUUUCUAUGCUGCAGAAUAAUAUGAAAAGGUUCGACGUUGAUCAUCGUGUUGACGAACUCGACGUUAAUGGAAUAUGCGAGACCAAUUACCGACUAUACGAAGCAAGAAAGACUCAAUUGAUUAUCAAAAGAACGAAGAACUUAGCUGACUGUCAAUUCAGUGCAAAGCAUCUCUCAGUAAUGCAAUCUAACUAUUAUAAAAAUACCCGAUCAACUACGAAAACAUCUAAACGAUCUCUGUUGAAAUCCGCUACCGAAUGCGAAAUAACAAUCGAUCAUAAUGUAUACGAUAGGGUUGUUUGUAAAGAUACUCAUCAACUUCGACCAUUAUCAAACGAUAAUUCUGCUGGUGCUAGAACCGAAAGUAUCGCUAUUCUUCAACUUGUAGAGGAAACCAAAGAAGAAUUUUACGACGACGAAGAAUCGAAAGAAGAUGAUGAAAAUAUUGGCAAGGAUAUUGCGAUUAGAACGAAUUUACUUUACGAUCACGAGAGAGUAUCUAAAACGAUACACGGGGAAUUAAGAACGUCCCGAGAUUUUUUGAAAAUUUUAUGUAGAAAUGGCGCUAAUCCUGAUGAAAUUCAACAUAGAUUUUCCGAAACGUUUAUCACGUUCGUCCAAUCGGCUCGUCUUCUCGAUUAUCCUUAUUUGUCACAAUUGUUCGCUAGAGCAAAUGGGAUAUGUAAAACUGGCAAAAAACAAAUAGUCGAUGCAUUACCGUAUAUGGGAAGCAACGCUGCAGUUAACGUUAUGAAAGAUUUAAUAAUAAAAAAGUAUGUCAAUGAAGAAACCACAGCCAAUUGGAUCACGAUAUUUGGUCUAAUACCAAGACCAAAUUAUGGAACUAUACGAGCACUUGCACCACUCUUGGAUUUUCAACAUCAAAUGCCUAAUACUCAAUUUAUUUUAAGUUAUUCGUCCGUUAUUCAUACGUUUUGCAAAUCUACUACUGCGGACUGUACUAAUCUCGAAUAUAUUAACAAAUUUAUGUCUUAUCUUAAGCAAAAGAUCAAUAAGGGUUGUGCUCUUCGCUAUCAUUCGUUAGCAGAAGUUAAAGAAACAUUGGAAGCUUUGAAAGCAGUUGAAAAUAUGGGAUUGGAAACCGAUGAUUUGUUGGAAAAAUUAAAAGUUUGUAUAGACAACACGGGUGGUUUCGUAGCGAUGGAAGUGCAGGUUGCAGCAAUAAAUGCACAUCGUAGAUUACCUUCCUGCGAAGAAACUCGCGAUCGUUACUUCUUAAAUUAUUAUCGUAAUUUUACACUUGAUUCUGAAUUACGUAUAGCAUCGUAUUUACAAGUAAUGCGUUGUCCUGAUUACAACGUUAUAAAGACAAUUAAGCAUACUCUUAAAGUUGAAGAAGUUAAUCAAGUUGGAUCCUUCGUAUGGAGUCAUUUAACCAAUCUUUAUAGUUCGUCGUCACCAACACGCGUUGAAAUACAAAGUCUUCUGACCGAUAGAGAUCUCGGUACUAAGUUUAACAGCGAUAUUAGAAAAUUUUCACGUAAUUAUGAAGGCUCGUUCUUCUCCGAAGAAUAUAAUUUUGGUGCCAAUCAUCAGAGUAAUUUAAUAUUCUCACCAAAAUCGUACAUACCACGUACUGCCAGUUUCAACAUGACCAUAGAUUUACUCGGCGAGUCUGUUAAUUUAUUCGAAGUAUCAAUGAGAAUGGAGGGUUUUGAAUAUUACGCCGAAAAUUUCUUCGGGCCCGACGGACCGUACAGCAACGAAAAAGUAUCUAAUCAUUUCAAGAAUUUGAUAAGGAAUUUUAGGUCCGCGCCUGAAAGGGAGGAUCAAUGGUCGCAAGUUAAAAGAUUACCUAAUAUCAUUGAUAAUAACUUCAACGAUCCAAAAAUCAGUUUAGGGUAUAAGAUUUUUGGGAAUGAAUUAAAAUAUACGAUGUUAAAUGGUGACAAAGAAAUCAAAGAAGCUUUAGCUAGUUUAAAUCCAUGGGAAAAAGUAAAAAAAAUUUUAUCAGGCCAAGAAAUUUAUUACGAUAACACAGUGAUGUUCCUUGAUUCUACAUAUGUAGUACCAACAACGUCUGGUUUGCCCAUACGUUUAGAUCUUGCUGGUUCAGCCGCUUGCAAAUUUAAAUUGGCUGGCUUUUUAAACGUUAGUCGUUCGAUGAAUACCAAGUUAGAACUUAUAGGAAAUUUUACUCCUAGCGUAAGCGUCGAUAUCGUUGGCACUAUGAUGGUAGAUGCAUUUUAUAAAAAUGCUGGAAUUAAAUUACGUACAAAUAUUUAUUCGUCCGGUGCCGUACAAAUUCGUUUUAAUUUAGACGGAAUACAUUUGGUGCAAUUGAAUCUUGGCUUACCGAACAAUAAAAUAGAAAUUUUCUCUAUAAUUACGCACGUAUUCUUGGUAGAAACUAAUGGGGCAGAAAGCGAGGAAACGCAAUUAGGUAUUUUAAAAACCGAUCGACAAUCGACUUCAUCGAAAGAAUUAAUGUUACCGGAAAGAGUUAUUAGUAAUACUACGUGCACUUGGCAAACACUCGAUCGACUUAUCGGUCUUAAAAUGUGCGUUGAUUAUCAGUUUCCGAAUGUAACAAAGGAUCCUAAUGCGCCCUAUUUCCUUCUGAAUGGCCCAACUCUUUUUAAAGUUUCGGUAAUCAAGGCUGAUCCCACUGCUAAAAGUUAUUUGUUAGAAUACAAAUGGGUACGAACAGAGAAACAAAGCGUAUUCAAAGUGGCAUUUGAUACACCCGAAUCACAAAUGAAAAGGGAAUUGAGUGCUACUGUAACCUUCGAUUUAAAUAAUCAUAAUGUCACUGUUGUAUUGCAUUCAGUUGGAAAUUCUUUGAUAGCAAAAGGUACGUAUAAGAGAACGGAAAAUGAAGCGUUUAUAGAAAUAGGUUUCGAUAUAAAUGGAACUAAACAUUUGGAUGCUAACAUUGGAUAUACAACGAAGAAAUUUGCUUAUGGUUAUAUCUAUAAUCCAAAAUUCUAUUUGGAUAUCAACAGUGAACGAGUAGCAGCUGUAUCAGGUGCAAUAAGAAACACGCAGAAAAAUAAUUUGUCUCAAUGCGACAUCGAAUUAACAUUCCAAACGAAAAAAGUUUGGAGCAAAUUGGUAGGAUAUAUUGUUAAGAGGAACGUUAGUUUGGCUGGUGAUUUCCAAUUGAAUUAUCAACUUCAAACAAUGCCAAGGAAAGAGACGUUGCAUUUAGAAAUAAUGUUAUCCAAUCGAUCAACGAAAACCUUGGCAUACAAAUCAGCUAAUUUGAAAUUACAUUCCACCGCAUAUCCACAAUUGAACACAGUGAUAACAGCGUGGUAUCAACAAGCCUUAGGACACUUAGAGUUACAUGCCGAAGUUAAUUCGAGUCCACAUCUUCAAGAUGAAAGACACAAGCUUGUUGCACAGCUUGUAAUAUCUUAUUCAAAAAUGUAUUUCCAAAAUCAAGGAACUAAAGUCAAUGCAUUAAUUGCCAUUACAAAGCCUAUACAAAAUCUUGAUAUUAAAAUAGGAGUGAAUCAUUACGCUGUCGGUAUAGAAUCUAAGACUAGCCUUCUUAUAGGAUACGCUCUAGAGAAAGAAAUUACUUUGAUGGUGAGAACGAGAAUGCCACGUGGUUUGAUGUUCGCCAUAGAAGGUCGCGUUGUUCUGACGAUUCCUAAUUACAAUUCAACGAUUAUAAAUGUUCGAAUAACAGAAAGAUCGAAACGAGAAUAUGAAUUGGAUUUCGCAGGAACUUGGUUUUCCGGUCACUAUAUAACUGCACUUGGAAUUUAUACAGAUCGAUCGGGAUCAGCAUCGAUAAGUCAUAGUUUAAAGCUUAUAUUAAAAUCAUCAAGUUUUGCAAAUGAUAUUAUUAUUAAUAGUAAACUUUAUCACAAUACCAACGAUCUGGGAAUCAGUAUUUAUGUCGAACAACAAGAUAUGGACAAAUAUGCAUUUAUUCUGAAUCAUACGAUGUUAUCGCUCAGACAAUUUUCAACUUACAUUGAAAGUAGAUAUAAAAGUAACGUCUAUUCCAUUUUGAGUGAUGUUGAUACAGAAAGAGAGAUCAAAGUAGAAAUCCAUCUUGACAAAUGGCGUGACGUACAUUUAACUUUAACCGGUAUCAAUGAGGAAAAUGACAAAAAAUAUAAUAUCGAACUAAAAUGGGAUGCCAACAGAGAUCCUGCAUCAAAAUUCACAUUGGGCUUGCUAUUAAAUAAAUAUUAUGAACCGGCAUUAUCGUCCGAUAGUUUACCCGAAAAAAAAUUAAGUGCAGCUAUACAGUUGAGUUAUCCUGGUAGAUCAAUUAACGGACUUUGUUUGUUAACUAUACAAGAUCAAUAUAAUUACAUAGUAAAUGGAGUAAUCCAAUGGAAUCCAGAUAAUACGAUUAACCUUAACAUAGAUAUUGGUUAUAACUUUCAAACGUGGAUAAAAUCAUUUAAAUUUGAAUCCCAAUUAUUAACUCCUUUCGAUCAAUGGAAGAAAACCGGGUUGAGUGCUAAUUAUUUGCAAGAACAGAAUAAAAUAAUAGCAAGCGGUAGCGCACAUUGGAAUGAUACAGAACACGUUAUGGGAGAUUUUUACGUUAACGCUGAAGAAUCUAACGGUAUCAGCGAAUGGGUUGGCAAUUGCGGAUUAAGAAGUACAAUUCAUUCUAUCACGUGGGUAACUACUAACGUUACACACAAAAUACUUCAUUCGAGGACAGCUGAUACUCGUAUAUUAAUCAAAUACCAUCCGGAUAAAGUAAUCGAUGCAUGGAGUAUUUGGCAAUUGGAUGCAGAAUCCUGGGUCUCAUUUAAUUUGUCUGGAAAUCUACACUUUGAGUUACCCUUGGCUAGUUAUAAAAAAUGCGAUAUAACGUGUCAAUUGCAAGUAAAGCCCAAUCGUACCUUUUUGGGCCAAAUUAUUAUGGAUUUGGAUAAACGAAAAUACGUUGGAAAUUUGCACGGAGAUUUUUAUCGCAUAAAAGAAUCAGAUUUUCAAUUUCAUUUAACAACACCGAUAGAGAAAUAUUCUUACAUUUCUGCGAAAUUUGGUUUGUCAGAAAGUACGAAACACGUAGUAGCUAAAAUAAGUUAUCCAAACAACACUUUGGGUUUUGAAGGUAUUUGGCAUUUAUUUACGCCAACUUACGAUUUCAUCGUAAUGUUAUCACUGAAUACACCAAUAGACGUUCUUCAGAAUUCAUUAUUAAUUGCUAAACUUAACAAAGAGGAAGCUGAUUUUAGACUUGCAUAUAACAAUAUGACGGUCGGAUUUCGGGGUGCUUGGUGUUACAAAAAUAUUACUGAUUUUUAUUAUUCAUAUAAACUCUUCACACCUUUAUACGGUCUUCAGAAAACCGGUAUUACCGCUAAAUUGAGAAUACUUCAUCCGGAAUUAUAUAAAACUAAACAAACAAGUUUUCUAUUGGAUACGGAAUUCUCAGUCAAUUUGGCAGAGAUUAAACUCGGAUUAUUUGCUAAUGUUGGACCUAAACCAGCUCCAGUUCGUAUUCCUAUCAAAAUGAAAACUAAAACCAAUGUAGGAGAAGAUUCUUUGAUUAAAAACGAAGAUGAUGAAGAUGAAGAAGAAGACGAAGAAGAAGACACCGAAGAUAAUUUCUAUUAUAAAUGCCACUUUAUAAUAUGGUCAGUUAUAAUGGAGCCUAUAAAAUUACAAUUGGACAUUGACGCAGAAGGAUACGAUUAUAAAAUGUAUGGUUUGGUGAUCAUUCCACCGAGAAAGAUUACCUUUCAUGAUUAUUUCUUGCUAGAGGAUAUGUUUCAUAUUAAAAAUGAACUAAAUAUAAACACUCCUUUUAAUGCAGCUCAAGAGAUCACAUCGUCGUAUCUUUUUAAAGUAGAUAUGGAAACAUCAAUAUAUUUAAUGCUAAUGAACGUUAAUGUCAAAAAUAAUGAUAUAUGGGUGAAGAGCGGACUAAAUGUAAAUUAUACGUAUCAAGAAGAAGAGGAUGAUUGGAAAACACAUAUGUUAAAGUUUAAUAUAACGACGCCAUUACAAUUAUUUAAAUUGAUCGAUACAAAAGUCGUCGUUAAUAUAAAUGAAAAUUUGUACAAAACGAAUAUUAAUCUUCAUACAGAAAAUAGUACCAUUGAUUUCUUAGGAUCCUUUGAGGCAAAAGAUUCAUUUAUGGAUACAACGUUAAUCCUCCGUGUUGAUAGUCCAAUAUUGGUAAUACCGAAAACUAAAUUAACUCUUAAGAAAAAUUUUAUCGAUAAAGAAAAGCAACUUGAGUUUGGUACUGUGAUAGAUAAUCCUAUGCGAAGAUCAUCAAAAGUGCAAGUAUAUUGGCAAGUGGAAGAUAAAAAUUACAAAAGAGUAUUCGUAUCGUUAGAAACUUGGAUUGAAUUGUUAAAAAAAUUACAAGUCGAUGUAUUGUACGUUGAUCAAAUUAAUUCAAACGAUACAUUAAAUUUGAACGUUAACUUAACGCACAAUACCAAUCGAGAAUUUAGAUUUAUUAGUAAUUACAACAAUGGUAUUGUCAAAGCUGAUAUAUACACACCUUUAGUUUCUAAAAAGCAUUUACAAUUUGAUGGUGAUGUGAUAAAGAAAAAUAAUAGCUUAUACACCUUGCAAGGAAAAUUGAUAAAUCUUGAAGAUUCGAAAGUAUACGAUGUUUUAAUGAAUAUGAUCGUAGAAAGAAAUGCAUUGUCGAGCGUUAAUCUAAAUUUACGACCACAAGAAGAUACCACAAACAUUAACGAUAUUAAUUUGACGUUAAUACGUAAAACAUACGAACUCCAUUUUAUUGCUGAUGGUAGAUAUUUCAAUACUUCAAUCGGUAUGAAUGUAAUUAACGCUUUGAAUUGGGACAUUAGAGCACGAGGUAAUGACAAACAAAAUAAUACUGAAUACGAAUUGACGACAUUUAUGAACGUUCAAGUGAACGGUAAUACGACAUUAUACGUACACGGUUCGACACCUUGGAAAGAAAUAAAAAGCUUGACGUUAGACGGAAAUAUAUUUUUGACCGAUAACAGUGGCGACGUUAAAGUUAAUCAUCAUUUAAACGACGAUCAUUAUUACGCGGCAUUGCAAUGGAAAUUAUUGUAUAUGAUAGAUAUGUUUGGAAAAAUCGUAGCUGGAUACGAAAUAAAUGGUCACGAUACUAAAGACGUAAAUACAAAAAUAUUUUUAAAAAAUCCCGAAAAAUCAUUCCGUAAUUUCGAUAUUGGAUUUGACGUAGAUAUCGAUCACGAAAUAUGGAAAUUUGGUAGCAAUGCUAGCAUUGGUUUUCGUAAUCAUGAAAAUAUUGAUGCCGUAUUCGCUUUAAGAUUACCACCACCGAAUAACGACGAUCAUCGUUUGUUGUUAAGUUAUCAUGCUAAUAAAGGCAUUCAAGAUAUGUCUUACGUAAUAGGAUACAAUGCUCUUCGAAGCAAGACCAAUUAUGCAUCUGACGGUUCGAUACGAGUAGCAGCUCAAGACAUAGACGGACAUUUGCGGCUAACCUGGGGAUUGUUACCUCAUCAAACAGCUAAUAAUUUGUUCAAUAUUACAUUCGAUAAAAAAGAAAUCGAAUUGAAAUAUUCACUCUUUACCCCGAAAUAUCUACAAGAAGAAACACUUGUAAUUCUGUUUAAUUACGAUGCCAAUUCGGAUCGGUAUAAUUUAAUCGACGUUAAUUUGUUUUUACCUGCGAGGAAGCGUAUAGGUACGGCAAAAAUAUCCUUUGAAAGUUUGACGAAUGUCAAUGGCACUAUCAAUACCACCACGCCAAUAACCAAUGUUUCUUACGUCGGUUGCAACUUUGUCGUUCUAACUACUUUGAAACAGAACAAGAGAUUUAUCGAAUUUUUCUGGCCCAAUAAUACCGCUAUAUUCAAUUCAGAUUACACGUAUCAAAGUGUGAAACUUGAUUCCACUUUGGACGGCAUCUUUCAAUUAGAAAUUCCUUUAAGUACACGUCAUGUUGUUGAUUUAACUUAUGGUUACAAGAAACGUCCUCAGAUUACAAACGGAUAUUCCACCUUGACGUACAACCAACAAAAAAUAUUCCAUGCGGAUUAUAAUUCUAAGAGCCAAUCUAGAGCAGGAUUCGAGAAAGAUAAUAUUCAGAUAAAUAUAGAGAAUAUAUAUAAACCGAUAGGUAUUAUUUAUGUAAAUCAAUAUGAAUAUAGCGGAGGAAACGAAGGGACAAAUUAUCCGACUUUAGAGAUUAAACAUGUUAACGUUUAUCAAUUAAAUAACAUUUCGGCAUUUAAUAUUUCGGGCGAAUCUAAAAUUAUAACGACUCACACUGGUCAAGAUAUACAUUUAAAAGCCAUGCACUUGAACCAUACGAUUCAAUUAAAGACCAAUUACAAAAUAUUAUCGGGAGAAUUCGAUCAAUAUACUUGGUUAAGUUUAGAUAAGGACGCCUGGAUAUCGUAUCACGUUAACAUUCUUAAUAAAACAACCGAAGAAAUGGACAAUCAAUUUAUAAUUUUCGAUUUGGCAUAUCCCCGUAGAAAUUUUACGUUAGAUGGUUCUUAUAAAAUCACCAGCGAAGAAAUCAAUUCCGAAGCUAAACUCGAAUGGGAUCGAGAUAAGGAACGAACUCGUACGUUAGGUGUUGCUUUCGAUUGGAGAAACAUUACAUCUAACAAAAUGCUUACACACCAAGAAGCAAUUCUAAGCUUCAGGCAUCCGAGUUUUGCCAAAGAAGUAACUUUCAAGGGUGAACUUUCGAAAAAAGAUAUUAGAGAUUUAUUGAACUUGGCAUUUGUCGUAGAUUAUUCUAUAAAUCCGGAUAAAUUAUUGGAAUUAGCUGUAAUGGUAAAAGACGAGAGUGAAUUACCAGAUGAUAGGAAAUACGUCUACAGUAUAUCAGGGAAACAUCCGAAAACUGAAUUAGAUCUCAAUAUCGAAGGUUUCUUUUACAAACACAAAUAUGUUUAUGUAGAAAUGGAAAAUCACGGUAAAUAUAAACGUUAUUUUCUACCGGAAGAAAUAGGACAAUUAAGCGGUCGUCUCGAUAUCAAUCAAAAGGAAGUCGUAUUCCGUCGUGAAAAUAACGAUAAUGUGAAAUAUUUACAAAUGAGAUAUUAUCCUAAGUAUCCGGAAUACGUCGUCAACGGUAGUAUUAUAAAUACACCCGAUCUCAAUGCUACAGGAUUUUUCUUCUUCGAUCCAAAAGAUAAAUUUACUUGGAUGAUGGUCAAUUAUACACCUGAUGCUGUACAAAGUUUAAGAAUGUACGGAAAAAUACCGGAUGCUCGUAAUGCUGUUUUCGAUAUAUGGAGAACUUACGAUGACGAUUUCAACGUGUACGAUGUUACUUUUUAUUUGAAAUUAAAUCAUUCGAGGCUAGUUACUUCAACUUUAAAAUGGAGGCCCGAACUCAAAAGUGAUAUAACGAACAUUUUAAAAACUACGGUCUCAGAAAUGUACGAAAGUGUUUAUAAAGAUACCGAGAACUGGAAACAAUACAUUAAAACCGAAAGUAUAAUUAUUAUUGAUCAGAUAUGGGAAGAUUCUCAGGAAGAACUCCAAGAAUUUCUUGACGAUUGGAAUAAUUUGAAAGAACUCGAAACAGAUUUCGAAGAUUUGAAAGUAUACCUUAACGAAUCGUACAAUACUAAUGAAUUUUACAUAAAAGAUAUCGUUACUUUUGCUGUAUACAUCAUAGACGAAUUAUCCUUACGCAGUCACAUAAAAUCAUUGCCAAACAUUUUAAAUGAAAUUUGGGAAAUAAUGGGUGAAUCUGGCGAAGCUAUAAGGAACUCUUUAUUAUGGAUUAUUGAAACAAUAAAAAGAGCAUAUAACAAAAUCACCGAAAUAAUCAGUACCAUACUUAGAGGUGAUUCAUUGUCACGUGUGGCCGAUAUUGUUGAAAAAUUAAUAGAAAAAUAUGACAUGAUUAUCAAAGAUGUUCACGUAUCCUUCAUCAGAUACGUAGAAAAUCUUUGGAAUAAUAUAUCGUCGUCGAUUUCCCAACAGUGGUACAAAUUCUUAAGAAACGUGGAACCGUUAUUCAUUCAGUUGUUACAUUACAUUGAAACUAUGGCCUGGAAAGUUAGCAAAGAGGUCGUUGACUUCCUUUAUAAUCGCAAAAACGAAAUCAUUUCUUCGCCGUAUUUCGAUAGAUUUUCUAACUUAACUCAAGACAUUGAUAAAUUUUACAAAGAUAUCAAAGGAAAUGAUAUAAUUACUAACAUAGAGAAAUAUUCCGGCUUGGUGAUACAAUUUUUAAAAGAACGUUAUUUCGCUUUUGUACCUUUUGGAAAAGAAUUGAAGGACGUUAUCGAUGAAAUUAUAAUCGAAUUAAAGGAAUUGAAGAAAUUACCAUCCGUUCAUUAUGCAUUAGAUAAAAUGCAACAAGUAUACGAUAAAGUUAAUUACUUUUACAAUUAUUUAGAAAUUCGAGUUAAGAUAGAAAAUGUUAUUAGAUUUGCUCAUGCCAAGUUGAUCGAUAUAAGCCAGUCUGCUCUUCAAGCUGAAAGUCGUUACAGGGAAGCCAAGACAAAGUUUCUCUUUGAUCCGAAUCAAGGCCUAAUGUGUCUCGAACAAAAACUUCCUAUGUCUUGGCAUGCUUUUAAUCAAACACCUGAAUUCCAUGAGAUUUCGGAAUACAGAAUGAUCACUGAUAUUGGAUCAUAUUUUGUAACAUCAAAUACUACAUUCUGGAGUCUAUAUUAUCAAUAUAAGCCGUAUACCGAGCCUUCGAAUUGGUUACCACCGUUCAGAGCACAAGCAAUGAUAAUCGGAUCGCGACACUUCAAGACCUUCGAUGGAUUGCAUUUUGAUCUAUUUGGCUCUUGCACCUAUUUGCUUGCUCAUGAUUUCGUUAAAAAUACCUUUGCUAUUCUUAUUAAGUACAAUCAAGAAUCCGACAAAUUGACUCAUCGUAUCGUCGUAUUGAUUGGCAAAAAUGAAAUAGAGAUAGACAUUUUCAACGAUGUGGUAAGAUUGAAUUCAAAUGCAUCCUUGGAGUCAAAGAGUAAUCUUCCUCUUCCGAUAGAAUUAGACAAUGGUACGACGUUCGUGUAUCAACAGGAGAAUAUAGUAACGAUUGAACGUAAAAGAGACCAAUUACGAUUAGAAUGUAAUCUUAAAUUCGACUUGUGUACGGUUGAAUUAUCUGGAUGGUAUUACGGAAAAACAGCGGGUCUUCUUGGUACAAUGAAUAACGAAAAGAUAGACGAUUCAAUUAUGUCGUCAGGUAUAAUGACUAAGGACAUAGAUAGUUUUGCUCAAAGCUGGUCUGUCGAAAAUAGUUGUAAGGAAAACGUACAUUCUGCGAAAAACAAUAGAGAGACAAACGAACCGGUCACAUCAUUUUGUAAAGAACUUUUCGUCAAUCAAACUUCGGAAUUUAGUUCGUGCUUUGCUGUUCUCGAUCCGAAAGAAUACGCUAGGAUGUGUUUGAAUAGUAUUACAGAAUCCGAGGCAUGUACAAUUGCUAUAGCGUAUAUGCAAGUAUGCGUUUUUCACGACACGUAUUUGAGAAUUCCUGACAGAUGUACGACUUGUACAAUGAUAAACGAUACUCAAAUAGCCGAAGGUGAAUUUAGAAAAUUAGAAGGAGAUAAUAUACCAAAGUCGACAGACGUAGUCUUUAUUGUAGAGGCAAAAGAAUGUAAUCGUAAUAUCAGACAAAAUCGUAGUAUCGAACAACUAGUAAAUCAAUUGAACAAAGAACUCAACGACAAAGGAUUACUUUCGAAUCGUUGGUCACUCGUUACUUUUGGUGGCCAUGGAGUUCAUGAUCAGCCAAGGAGCGUUAUUCUUGACGGACAAGUUUUUACUAAAAAUGUAAUGCGUUUUAUCGAUUACUUCGAUCAUAUACCAGUUAGUGAUGGUAAUCAAGAUAUAUUCGCGGCUAUCGGUUUUGCUUCGCAACUAGUAUUUAGAGCCGGAGUUUCAAAAACUUUCAUCUUGUUACCAUGUUCCCAUUGCGAACCGGAAAAUCAAACGUUGGAUUACGCUGUAGUACAUCAAGUAUUGCUAGAACACGAUAUUGUAUUACACAUAUUGAUGGACGGCGAUUUCGAAUUUGAAAAAGAAAAACUUAAUAAAAUCUUUUAUGGAUUCGAUGCGAGUAAAUCGUAUACAAAAAAAGAUUCGAGAAUUUUUACGGGCGAUACAGAUUUAAGGAAGCAAGUGAAAUCGAUGAAAAAUGUCUUAGGGUAUUGUACGCCACUUUCCUUAGAGACUAAUGGAACUAUAUUCAGUGGAGAUAAAUUACGUUUUGAUAAGCUGGUUUCGAUCAAGAAGUUUGUUACCGUAUUUUCUAAAAGAAUAGCAUUAACUGCUCUUCCACGGUCAUGCCAACACUGCGAAUGUACGGCCGAUAAUAAUGGAAUUACCAAAACGGAAUGUAUGCCCUGUGUUUUUCCAACACCUGUUACAGUAGAUUACGAAACUUUUAAUUUUAAUGAGACACUGUCAGCUAUGCAGCCGUUUGAUUUAGAUUACGGUCAAAUAGAUAUAGAAGAUGAUUGAAGAAAUGUGAAGUGAAAAUGAAAAUAAGUUAAGUAAAUCUUAUUCUUUAAAUAAUAUGAGAUAGUUAUCAUUUUGUAUGUAAUUAUAUUUAUUCUUAUAACAUUGUAAAAAAGAAACUAAGAAUUUUAUUAUAAUAAAUUUAUACUUACCUUUUGAUGUAUUAAUAUGUAGAAUACGAUGACAUUAUCGCACUGGUAAGUGAUUAAAGUAUUUCGAUGAAUU